GAUUAGCAAUAGAAAGUGGUAAUAGAAUGCCAUAUUAAAAAGGUGUUAGGGGACAACAACGAAAAAGAAUAGUUACCAUAUAUGGAUUUCUAAUUGUUGACGACAUUUUUUUUCUUUUGUUUAGUAUUGACCGUUAUAUAUAUAUAUAUAUAGCUACCUCUGAAAACAUUAAAUUGUGGUGAGUAGAGGAGGAAGUAGAAAUAGGUUGAAAAGCGUUAUCGGGGUAUUAAAAUGCUGCUUUACAAAGCACUUCAGCGGGCGGACUGCCCAAUCUGCUUACAAUCAAUAAUAAAGGUGAAAGAGCACGAAAAUGAGGAUCAGACAUUGCCGCUCUCGUCCUCAUCGACAGUUUUAGAUAAAACACCUUUAUUAAAUUCAUGCGAAGGAUUUCGUAUUACCUUCAGAGAAGAAAUGCUAAAUCUAUCGGUAACCCCAGGCAAUUUGAACGCUGUUGACCAGUUCAGUGAACCCAAUUUGAAGCGCCCUUCGAAAAUGCGUCGGGUAGAAAAUGAAGUGCAUAGCACAAAAGAAAAUAAUAUAGUGGUCCUGCGCUGUGGGCAUUUUAUGCAUAUUUUAUGUGUAGCCCAGCUAUUAGAAUUUUCCAGCGCCAAAACUGUGUUCGCUUGCCCAAUUUGCCGUACUGAGAUUAAUCGCAAUAACUUAGAGGCCGAUGUCAUUCGCUUCUCCCCGCGGACGCGGCCUCGCAAAGCCCCUGGCGACCUGUGGGGGUCCUCGCCGGGGUCGAACGAAGUGGCGAAUCACGUGGACGACCUCGUAAAGGAUCGUGUGGCAGUUCGUGUGGGUGGUCCUGUAACGGAUGACGUGGACGACCUCCUAAACGAUCACGCGCCCCCCCAACACACGGGUGAUGAGGCAGUGGUAGUGGGCCUCGGGCAGAUCCCCCCGCCUACGGCCUACGCCGAUCGCCUUGAGCGCUCCUCGAAGCAUUUCAAAGUUCGGCUGGGGAAUUUAGCUGGGCGGGCGCGGCAUCUUCAGGGGUCCUUUCAACAACUCCGCGAGGACUGCGCGGCUCUCGAGCAAACGGCGGCGACACUCCGCGCGCAGCGGCAAGUCCUCGCGGGAAAGGAGGCGGACGAGCAGCGCCUGGCGGAGCUCCGCCGGAUGAGCGCAGAGACGAAGCACUCCUGUGAUUCUCUCACCUCGGAGCUCGCAGCAUCCACGCGGGAGGAGCAAGCCCUCCGCCAUAAAAUUGAUAAAUACAAAAAGAAGGUCAUGCGUCUUUCCUAG